UAUGCCUGUAUAUUUUAAUCAUACGUAACUCUCUCUCUUUAUAGACUAAAAUAGCCCACUUUUUUUUUCUUAUUCACAGAAGAGGGAAAAAUAAGAGAAGACGAACACCAUAUGUAAUAGUGAGCCAUUGCAAAGUGAUCAGCUGGUGAACCAAAACAAACAAAGUCACGAGGGUUGUAAGAAAUGAUACUUUCCCUACGGCUCCCCCCGUGUGGCUCCUCUUGUGGUUCCCUUUGUGUGGUUCCCUCUGGCUCCCCCUGUGGCAUCUGUGGCUCCUGUCCUGCCUGUCUUCCCCUAGCUGAGCCCCAGCAAGCGUCGCGGCAGCCGUGGCCAGCAUGGAGGGCGGCAGGGCAGGCUGGGGCCCGCUGCUGAGGGCUGUCUUCCACUCUGAGAACAGUGUUUUCAAGGAACUUGCUUCUUUCAUCUCUCAAGAUGGAAGCCAUCAGUCAGUUCUUUCCAUGGAGGCAGUUGCCGCCCUGAAGGAAAAGCUGCUGUCCACCCCCACUGCAGCAUCACAGGUACUUGGGCUGCUGGAGGCCGCAGGCACUUGCCUCCCCAGCACCAGUGGAGAGGACAAACACACGGCAGAUGGUCAUGGCCAGAAGCCUCCAGAGGCUACCCCUCCUGCCCGCUGGGUGGGUCAGGUGUGCCGAGUCUUCCUGGACUGCCUGGAGCACUGCCUCUGGAGGCUGGACAACCUGAACGAGAAGCUUCAGCAGGAGGAGGGAGAGUACUCAGCACUGCUCAAGAGGCAGCAGAGGGGCUACUCCCCCAUGAGGAGCAACAUGGGGCUGGCAAAGCAGAAGACCAUUGCCUCAGCUGAGGCAUCAAAAUUUAAGGAGAGAAUCAUGGCCACCAAUAUGAAGAAAGGGGAAAUUGAAAGUCUGUUUUAUAAAUUAUUGUCACUCUCAAGUUGUUUAGAUGCUGCUUCCAUGAGCAGGCUGUUCCCAAAGAUGAUUACUCUCAGCUAUGAGAAGAAACUGUUGGCUGUGAACAAGCUGUACAUUUGCAUGCUGUCAGCCUCCACAGAGUGUUUACAAGCUUACUGUGAGAGAGAGGCAGAUUACCUCGUCCGUAAGUUUUAUGACAAAAACAACGAUCUGACACAUGGUCUGGUGCCCCUCAGCUCCCCACAGGUCAGGGAAAUCUUCCAUGUGUGUGUUCACAGCACAAAGCACAUCAUGGAGAUCUUCUUUGAUCACCUGUCAACUUCCCUCAGCAGCAUGAAGGAAAUGGAGACGAAGGAUUUCUUGUGGCUGGCACCGCUGUGGCCACUGCUCUACAUACAGACGGUCACUUCAUCCCAGGGGGUUGUUGAGCACAUGGGUGGCGGAGUGCUGUGGAAGAAACACAGCACCGUAGACCCAUUGUUGGCAGAGGUGUGUGGUCUGUUGCAGCGGGAUGUGAAACUGGUUCAGUGGUGUCUGACUCACAACAGUCGCCUCAAGAUACAACCUCUGCUGCAGCUGGUCAGGGACCACUCACCGCUCUGUGUCAUCCACAAGUCCCUGCAGCUCAACACUCUGGUUCCAAGCGAUGUGCUGGUGAUGCUUCAGGAACAUUGCAUGGCCAGGGACUCCACAGGUCUGCUCCACUCCUCUUGCAAGAACACAUUUACAGCCUUUUGCAUUUUGUCCCAAAUGUUUGAAGUAAUUGGAGCUGGAAUGCAAUUGGACAAUAUAUCAACUGGAUGGCAGGCAAGAAGGAGAUCUCACACUUGUAAACUGUCUGCUAGUAAUGGAACAAAUAGUUUCCAGGAAAGACAAAGUCAUUCAUCAUUUUACAAACACAAUAUUGCUGAAAAGUUAAAGUCUGUCAAGAAGUCACUGGAAACCUUGCAGCCCCUGGCCUACAGACUUGAGUUGAUGGAGGACAUCUAUUCCCUGAUGUUUGUGAGACACAGUGACAUGAGUGACGAGGACCACAGCGAGGCUAGUGCUGAUGAGGGAGAGAUGGAGCUGUCCCUGCUGUCACAACACACAGAUGCUGACAGCCUCAGGAGCCUUACUGUAUCCAGCAACCUCCCCCACCAGCUGGCCAGGGACUCUCCAGACCCCACCUCAGUAAGUGAAUCCAACCACAAUGCCGAAGCUGCCGCCAAGAAAAAAGUGAUUGAUUUUUCAGAAUAUGUGGUCCUUGAUGAGAAGGGCAUUGAGAGGCUUAAUUUUUCCAGCAAGCAGUCAUCAAUAAGCAGUGUGUCAGCAAGUCAUCCCAUCAGUAAGUCCCCAUCGCCAGAGGGGAAGGAGGGCGAGGAUUCCGCUUCCAACGAUCAGGUGCAGUGGGAGGGUCACCAACACCCCAGCCAGAGUGGAGGAGCUUCACCACAGAGGCAGAGCAGCUACAUGAAUGGGAAGACUUCCUCGUCGAGCGCCAGGGAGCUGCCUCGCACUGGCUACCUCAUCAACACCCUGGUGGCCUGGGACGUCAUGCUCAUGCUGAAGGAUGUGCUGUUUCUGUACACCAAUGAGAACUUCAAGCAGAUGAGGAGCGAUGAGACAGUUCCCCACAAAGGUUUGGAGAGCCGUGUGUCAUACCUGUCCAUGUGUGUCAAUGAGGGUCUGUGGAGGCUGCAGGUGAUGGUCCCUGGCAGUCAUUCCUUUGCCUCACAUGACAUAUUUGAUGAAUACCUGGAUGGCACUCUCUUCUCCCGUGACUCUCACCACCUGGUGUACGAGGUGUCUCCCCCAUCGGUAAACACCAAGAAGAAGCUUGGCAAAGAUGCUGAGCCUGCACAGAUGAGAGGAUGCUCCACUGAAAGAAGCAGUAUCAUCAACUAUCUCUUUGCUCCAUCCUCUAGUCUCAUCACUCUUUCCUUAGCCAAUGGAAAUGUGGAAAGGAUAGAAAAAAUAUUCCACACCUUUCAGCUUCCAGACACGACUGACAAGCGGGAGGCACACCUUGCCAUGCGCCUCAGUCAGCUACGUCCCAAACUGUCCGUCUCACCCCAGAGGUCUGGCCGGUCACGGGAGCCCAAGGCGGCGCGGGACUUCGGUACUUCUGAGGACUUGCUUCAGAGCAUUGGACUGCUGGCCAGGGAGGGAAUGGCUCAUGUUGGGGCCACGAAUCUCAUACACGAUCUGAUCACCUCACUGCCACCACCAGUCCCCAAAGGCAUCCCUGAGGCAGCCAUGACAACAGAGUGUCCAGUGAUAACCUCCUUCAUGACCCCCAUGGCUCUGGUGCUGACGGACUUGGCACUCACUGUGGAUGUGACAGAGACCACUGCCACCUAUAUCAUGGAGCAGGUCUUCCAGCGGCACAGUGGCACACAUCCAGAGCACAGACAUGUAGAAACUUGUGGUGGAAUUACAGGCUACUAUCCUCUCCUUCAGCAGCUGGGGGAUGCAUGUAGAGCACUCACUAAACUGAAGGAUGAGCCAAAUCCAGAAGGUGAUAGUGCCAUGGGUGCCUCAAGAAGGGACGUGCACAAAAAGGCUUCUAUUUGCUUAACAGGACAGACUGCCACUCCAUUUUCCCUUCUAAUGUCAUCUCUUCCACUAAGGGAUGUGGAGUUGACUGCGUACCUCAGUGGGUGGGCCAAGGUGUUGAAGAACGUGAGUGCUGUUCAGGAAGCACUUUUUGACAAGAACAUAAAGUUGGAAGAUGAUACAACAGUAAAGCAUCCUCUCUACUCUCAGAAAAAUCCAGUACAUGUUGCCUACAAAACUUUACUUCUCACAUUGAGUACAGAAGCGUCUCAUCUUUGGUGCAACUCGGCCAGAGACAAGGCUUGCUUCAAGGUUGGAGCGUACGUCAGAUCCUUCUACCAGUACUUGCAGCUCCUAUCAGCAAUGGUCACACAGCAUGCAGAAGAACAUUUUCUCAGCAGAAUGAACAGCCACUUUUCACUCCUUGAUGACAGACCUGUUGAAAUAUUGGGAACGCUGAUCUUUGAAGAGGCUGUCGACCCUGCCAGACUGGAGCCCAUUGCCAAUAAGAUGAGGCUGAGUCUGACUGCCAUGAUCCUUCAGUACUGUUUCCCAAAUUUUCCCAUCACUGGAGAGAGUUUCAACAUCACACAUUUACCUUCCAGAACAAAGGGGAAGGUCCAUCCUUUGGGCUUCCUGGUGGAGAGGGAGCGAGUGGUCAUGAAUGCUGGGACCAAGGGAUGCCAGGAGGGCGUGCAUGGGGAGUUGGUGGUGCAGGGCCUCCUCACGUCUCUCCUCAGCAGCCUCCAUGAAGCCACUCAGCCCAGCUCAGUCAUCUCCCAAACUGGCCUCAGAGCAUCAGUGCUGAAUGACACCACGGCCCCAAGAUUCCUUGCCCUGUCAGAUGUCCUGAUGGUUCUGAGGGACACAGCCGAUCUCACAGCAGUGGACUUCAACAAGAUGCCACCUGGAAGAGAAGCUGUCGUGUUCUUUGUCAACUUGGCCAACCUGAUGUUCAUCCAUGCUGGCCUGCUGAACCACAUCCUGUACCCUGCCAGCAAGGUGAAGGUGAAGCCUGAGGCACGUGGCGUGUUCUCCAACCACCAGCUGGAGCGUAUCUGUGCCCUCAAGCGCCUGGGUUACAUGGUGGGGCAGCUGGGUUUUCUCUCCUUGUAUGAUAUUCUUUACACUGUCCUGAGGCUUCAGAACCCACUAUCCAGUAUAUUGGUGCAGAAUGACCCCAUUAAUAGAAUCAGUAUAUGUGAGAGUAAUUUGAUAUGCACCAAACUACUUCACAAGAGAGAGGAAUUGUCUUCCAUCUCAGAACUGUUGGAUCCGCUCUCUUCUCGGAUCAGUUUCUGCGUCACCCAGGGAACACCAGUGUCCCCGAGGGUCCAGGUGCUGUUUGUGGACAGAAUGGAGGAGCAGCUGGAGGAGGGAGUGCAGGAACACAUGAGACUGUUCUUUAUUGCUCAGAGCAAAAGGAAGAGGAAGCAGUCUUUAGAAACGCAGGAUAACAGUAAGAAGGGCCUGGACAAAUGUAAGGUUGUAACAUCAAGAACAGUAUUGGAUUAUCUUGCUGCACAUCCCACUGGCAUAGUGGGAGGCAUGCAGAAGCUGCAGAAAAGCAUGCCUCUAGAAAUGGCAGCCAUGGUACAGGAAUUUAUUUCAGAACUGUCCAAAGGAAAACCACUUGAAAUUGAUGUUCUUGAUAGGGAAGAAAAGAGGGGGAUAGUUCUCGAAAUCUUUGAGUCUUUUGAAGAGGAAAAUUACUCAAACUUAAUACAAGAUGAAGCCCAAACCACUUCCUGGACCAAGGAACCAUGUGAAGUCCUGUGGAAGGAACAUGGCAUACCCAAACGUGUGUCAAAUUAUCUGUAUUACCAGUGCCCCCUCUUGUCCUUCCUGGUGCAGAUAUUUCACAGAACUGCUGACCACACUGAGCAAAAAGGAAGAAUAGAUCCCAUGGAAUACAUGGCAUACCUGCAGCCAUGGAUAAUGAUGCUAUAUCCUCCGUCAGUCAAAUCAAAGCCAUCCUCGGCAGAAAUUGAAGACUAUUGGCCAGUAGUAAACUUGUUCACUUCGACGCGAAAUCUGGCACUGGCAAGGGUCCACGGCAAUAACAAGGUUGCCUCUGCCCUCUCCUGUGGUCCAGAGAUCUCUGCCAUAUGGGACCUUGCCGACAGCCUGCUUGGGAGUGGCGCCAUCACCAGGGACCACCAAAAACUACUGCAGGAACAUGCGACAACACUGGUGGACGUACUGGAGGCCCUCCCUCCAAGCACUCGAGAGAACCACCCUGACCUGACCCUCUUCCUCGACCAACUGUUGGUCUUCCUGGUGCAGAAUGUUGCAACUGAUGGUGACCCUGGACCCUGGAGCUUUGCCUGCCGCAUUGCAGACACCGAGACAAGAUAUGCAGUUGUCAUGGAGGCCCACAGAAGUUGGCCGGCCGAACCUGCCCAGGAAAUGUUGAAAAUAGUUGGCCAUGACCCACUCCUGUCUGUACGCCUCCAAGAGAUGGCUGAUAUCCGCACCAGGAAGCUGAGUCUGUAUGAGAAGAUCCUGAAGCUGGAGGGUCUAUCAUGCAAGUUGUGGCAGGAAGUGGAGCAGAUGUCAAUCCAGGAGCCGACUCGCCUGAUGCAGCACCUGGUCCAGAAGAAGAAGUUCAGCCUCAGCAUGGAGUGGGCCAAAUACCACAAUGGGAGUGCAGAGCUGCAUCGCCUCGUGGACCAGAGUCAUCUGAUGGAGGUGCUGGACAAGACCUCACCUGACUUCAGUGUUGCCUCAGAGGCCAUGGAGGCGCUCACCCACCUAGAUCUCAGUGUUAUAGUGCAAGAAUUGCUUCAUAAACUAUCAAACUUCUCAACACGACAGUUCCUCAUUGAGUUCUAUCUCAGGAAGCAUUUCUGUAAGUGUGCAGCCAUGAAAUCUGUGCAGACAUUCCGUGGUGAAGGCAGUGAGUCACCAGAAAGUAAUGAAGAUGCUGUAGCGGCAGCCUGUGAACCAGGUAGUGCUGGUGGUGGUGGUGGUGGUGGUGGUAGUAGUCCUGUGGAUGUUGGGGCAUUGUUGCAGGAGGUGAUGGGACUGUUGCUGAUAGAGGCUGUGGCUCCUCCUGGUCUGGACAGGUUCCAGCUGAGCCCCUUGGUGACUUCUCCUCACCUCAUAGUAGAACAGUGGCUCAUGAAUGUGCGUCUGGAAGCCGUGGAGAAGGCUGUGGAAGUGUUGCACCCAUUCCUGGACAUGAUGGACACACACAUGGUCAUGACGGGCAAGCCGAGGGAUUUAGAUUCCCCAAGAAAUGCCAAGAAUGAAAGAGUCCCUCAAGGGCUGAGCUGGACCACAUUGAACCAGCUCUUGGAGACCUAUGCCGCCAAGGCUUUGGACACCUCUGGGGUGCAGCUUGCCCUCAAACCUUCAGCCACCAUUGAGAAAGCACCCAAGAAGUUUGUGAUGCCGGCCCACCCACCCGAGAUACAGGAUUGGGUGCCAGAUGCCGAGGUGCGCAAGUGUCCCGUGUGUGAAGUGACCAUAUUCUCCAUGUUCUCACGGCGCCACCACUGCCGGCGGUGUGGCAGGGUGGUGUGCAGCACAUGCUCCCAGCACCGGAGCCUCGUGCAGGGCUACGGGGGGCUGUCAGUCAGAGUGUGCCUUGACUGCUACAACCAGACCAAAGAACUCAACCUCAACAACUACAUACAAAUUCGUCCUCUUGGAGACGGAACGUACGACUCCGUGUCAGUGAGCGUGGACGAGCAGAGUCCUCACAGGGGCGCCUCCCUGGCCAGCGACAUGGAGGGCGGGUGGUACCUGUCAAAGGACGAACAACACAAUGACAUCAUCCGUAAUGAGUUCUGCUUUGAUUACGCGCCGUCCCUGAGCCUGUGCCUGGCCAUCCUGUCCCACCACCAGGACGACAGGAAGGCCGCCCUGUGCGUCAUCAAGCUGUGCCACCACCUUUUCUCCCUCAUCACAUCUUCCCUGCAGCUGAUGAACCCGACUGUUGACCACACCUUUGUUCUGUCCAUGAUCCAGACCCUGCUGGCCUCUGCAAAGGUGCGUUUUGGAAACACCGGAGAGCACCGCGGCAUUGGACUGUGUGAGUACUACACGCAGUGGGUGGACUUGCUCUCCCUAAUUCUGAAAUCAAACUGUGGCCACAUCAUUCCCCACGAAGCUCUGGAGAACAUGCAGAUGAUUGGAGAGUUACACCAGAAGAGUCUGGUGAGGGAGGGGGACACACAGAUGGUGCUGGACAGACGCCUCAAGCAGGAGUUCUUGUAUAUGAGGCGCCUCAGGGACAUGCUUGUCAAGAGGCAGAUGUGGGGACUGGCCCUGGACGUGUCCACCAAGGUGGGCCUGGAGGCCAAUGGAGUGUGGGGGGCGUGGGCCAUGGCUUCCCUCAAAGCUGGGGACUUCCUGGGCGCCAGGGAGCGCUUCUCCCGCAUCCUGGAGAGGCCGUCAGACAAGAACAAGCCCUGCAAGCCCUCCCUGCUGUCUGAAGUCAUCAAGUACCUUGAGAGCAAUCCGUUCCAGGUGAACCAGCAGGUGAUGGAGCAGGCACAGCGCACACGCUCCAGCAUCAUGCUCACCGACCACAACAAGCUCUCCUCCUCACAGGCUCUGGUUGUGUUGCACAGCUUGCAGAGCCUUCAUAAGAUUGCAGAAGGAAGCCUGACAUGUAAAGACUCGUACCAGAGGGCAUCCCUGCGUAGCAACAAGCAGAGAAAGGCAAGCACUCCCAAGAUGGAGUCCAUAUUUCAAGCAGAGUGCAAGUAUUAUUUAACUUUGUACGGCAACCAUGCCAUGACCAUCCAGUACUUCAUGAGACACAGGCAGACUCAGGAGUGUGUGGAGUACAUCCAGCACACUAAUGUUGAUCUGGAGGUCUUCAUUCAGAAUGCCCUGUUAUCCAUCCUGAGGCGUGGGCAGCUAAGCCCCCUCAUGGCCAGCAUCCACGCUGCUGACCCCCACAUGGAGAAGUGGGGCAAGCUACUGCUGGGCUCCUGCCGUUGGCUAGAGCGCAGUGGCUGGUGGAACUGCCUCCUAUCCCUGCAGGAGGCCAUGGGAGACAGGCUGAGGGCAUCAAUGACCCUGCUGAGGAUGUACACAGACGGAGCCACCAGCUACAUGACACUGUCCAGCAGAUCUGAGCACGUGAUUCUGGCGCUGACACACCUGCAGGCUUACCUGGACCAGCAAGCUCUCAUUGCAUCCUCACCCAAAAGAAAGAUCUCCAUCCUCACCAUGUCACCAUGGCAGAUCAACCAGAACAUCAACAUGCUCAAGCUGCAAACGGACGUCACCAAGUUCCUGGCGGGCUGCGAGGCAAGCGGCACCGACAUCCCCGCCUGCAUCAAGAUUCUGGCUGACCUGAAGAUAGUGAAGGACAACAGCCUGCCAACUCUGCUGACCAGCGACGGGGGACGGCUGGGUGUGGCCAUCCUGGUGAUGUGCCUGGCGGACGUGGCGGCGGAUGGCCUUGCUCUGGCAUACCGCAUCGUGGAGCACACGCAGAUGUCGGUGGAGAGGCUGCUGUCAAAGUGCUGCCUGGUGCUAGUGGAGAGAGGACACCUGAAACACAUUGGGCGAGUUGUACGCAGCGUGAAGGAGUGGGAGAUAUUGACAGCAGCCACCAUGGAUGCUGCCUUGCGCCCUGCUAUGCUGUCCCUUGCCUCCACCACUAAUGCCGCCCACCUGGACACUCUGGUCAAGCUUCUCUCCAGCGACACAGCAAGGAUGGACAUGUUCCUGGAGUGUCGGCGCCUGAGGUCGGCGUACCUGGUGGCGGUGCACGUUGGAGAGCGGUUGUGGGUGGAGCGAGUGAAGGCUGCAGCACUCAUUGUGGGGCAGAACCAUGUGGCCUCCAUGUGUGACAAGUGGCUCAGCUGCAAGGACAGUGGGCCCUAACUCUCUCACUGUUAAACUAGCCUUGCCUUGAACACACUGAACUUCUUGCACUAACCUAACCUAACUUACACAAAUCUUUAACACAUAGCUUUCUGCACUAAUCUAACCCAUCUUGUUCACUGCUACACAAAUUUUCUCUCUAAAUAGCUAACACAUAACUUUGUACACCUUUCAAUGCCAAACUCUUUUAAAUAGUUAUGUAGUGUAAAAAAACUAAAUUAAUCUUCACAUCUCUCUCUCUGUAAAGCAAAUAAUUUUUAGCACUUAGAAAGUUAAGAAAGGACAAUCAUAGCAAUAAGCUUAUUAUGGACUUGCUGUCAGGAGAGGAUUUACAGAGAGUCCUUGGUUACCAAUGAUCUUGACUUUUGCCAAUUACAAUGCUGGCAGUGCUUGUCCCUGUACAUUCCCCUUCACUGAUAUUUUGUGUUACUGAUUUAUUUCAGAUUUUUUUUGUGUUACUGAUUAUUUUUUAUUAAUUGUAUGUCUUCCAUGUGUAUUUUUUUUACAGACGUAGUAGUUAUUUUUCAUGUCCUAGAUUAUGUCUUUACAGUUCUAGUAUUAACAUAGGUGAGUGACAUACUGCAGGUACUUACCGAGACUGGUUCCAAGCUACGCCAAAAGCCGGUUUACAGCAUGGUGUAGGAACAGGACUCCGCCAUGACCUAAGGAUGCCCUGUGCAGCUCUAGACACACCUUCUUUGUUUCCAGCAUAGAUUUGCAUAUUUUUUUAAACAGCCGAGAAGUGUAUCAUCAUCAUCAUCAUCAUUGUCAUUUAGAAAGGAAGGUUCUAUGUUUGUACGGGUCAGCUUUGCCAUUGGAGGGAGUUAUCUGCAGUCUGUCCUUCAGUCUUUCCUUAAUACUGUCUUUCAAUUCUUUUUUUUUUUUAUCUGCUGGUGCUUUUUCUUCCUUUUUAGUACAUGUGAAGCAGUCUUUUCUGUCCUUUCCUCAUGGCUGAUUGGAGGCAUGAUUUGCGGCAUAAUUAAUACAUAUUAGCCAUGUGGUUGGUUGUAUUCGUGUGUUAUUUUCAAGUGACUGCUAAGACUGCUGAGGAAACAGAUUAUGUCUGUCCUCUCUCUCAUGGCUGAUUGGAGACAUAACUUGAGGCAUAAUUAAUACAUAUACUGGCCCUGUGGUUGUAUUCCUGUGCUGCUUGUCGACUGCUGAGGCUGCUGAGGAAACGGAGACGACCAUUGUCAAUAGUGAUGGGUCAUACUACUACUGUUUCAUUCCUUGCACCAGAAUUAUGGGAGAUGCAACAACAGAAGUAGCAGUAACAUCAGCAGUCACAGCAGCAGCAGGAGUAACAAUAACAAUACAUAAUAGUUGGGGUUAUUUUUUGCUUCUCACAAUUAACUGUUCCCUCGUUUCUAAUUAUCUGUGUGCGUUAGGUACAUGUGCUACCUUUACAUUCUUAAUUACCAGCAGCAUUACUUUUCCCCGGUCUUGCAUCACACAUAACAAUUUUCUCACUCUACUGGGAAGCUGAUUUCACUGUGCAACUGUGUGUGUGGACAAACUGUACACAUAUGAUCAACGCAAGAUGCUGUGCAAUAGUUAACACGCUUUAUGCAAUGAGUGUAACAUUUUACCAAACAAUCAACUAUUCUUAUAUGUUACAGUAGUUACAUUUAUCCCAAAACUGGUCUUCCAAAUGUUGCUGAAUGGAACAAAGCGUAUCUAAACAUAGUCAAAUGUGUCCCGGAAAGUUAGAAUAUUAAGUUUUCCAUUAAUAGAGUAUAUUAAUAUAGAUGAGAGUGAGGUGUCAUAAGCACCCUCGUCGAUGUGAGGCUUUGCUUGUUGCUGCAGCUGACGAGGCUCUCAUGUGGCAGAGGUUGAUUGGAAAACACAGGAGGUGCUGCAAUUAGUCUUUUUUAGUAUGGAAGUGUAUAUUACUAAUUUAGUCAUUAAUUUACUGUUUGUAUCUUUUAUUAGUAAACUUGUGCAUCAUAUAUUUGUGUGGAUGUGUGUAUGUGUGUGUGUCUGUGUGUUUUUAGGUGUUAUUUUUGGUGUAUAUAAUUAUUCUCUACCUCAAAAAUCAUGAUUAGAUCUUUGAAACCUCUAUUUUUAUCAUGUGCUGGGUCCCAGCAUGGUAAUGUCAGCUAAGAAAUCAUAAUUUUCACCCUUACUUUCAAGCAUUAACCAGAACAGUGUGUCACUCUACAGUCUACAUGGACUGUGAGAGAGUCAAACUACAUACUUUUUCCUCAUCUUUUACAUGUUUGUGGCCAGCUGUGCCAUGCCUAAGCUCCUGGAGUGUAGUAGGAUGGUCCACAAGACUAUCCCUUUCCACCAUGGUCCGACAGGGUUAAGAGCAUGAAUGACUGUGUGUGUGAGUGUGUGGUGCUUUGUGUAGGCCGCCUUGUGUGGGAUUGCCAGCCUGAUAUAUAGAUAGAUAGCUCUAUAGUAUUAUUAUUAUGAUAAUAGAGGGUAUAGGCUUGCUUCACUCAAACAUUUCAUCUCAUACAGAAAAAAUAGUAUGGUUUAAAAAUCAGUUAGUGAGGCUGUUCCAAUGGUGAGUGUUGCCAGAUUCCUGUGUAGCAAAGAUUUAUCUGCUACAUGUAUCACUAAAGUGUCCAGUGCAGUUCUUCUUUCAGCACCUCCUCUGUAUUGGUGCAUCUACUCUCUAGGGGAUAAAAUGUUUGUGUGAGGACAUGCCCUGUUGACUCUGCCACACUGCCGUCCUGUCAUGUGAGGAACAAACCAUUUAUGUGAAAUGACUCUUAUUGUACUCUGUAUAGAAUUUAGGGGACUUGGGUUCAGAUCUCUAGGAUUGUCUCUUUUCACACUGUAGCUCCUGUUCUUUUGGAGGAUAGGCACAAGAGCAAAAGGUUAGCAAUCCUGCCUUUCAUGUGUGUGUUACUAGAGACCAGAAGUAGUGUAUGCCACAUGCUGAGGGAUAAGAAGACAAAGGUGUAAAGAAAGCUAGUGUGUGCAAAGUUCCAUAUUGAGUUGAGUUCCUGUUCCCAUCUGAAGUGUUUAAUUGGUGACAUAUAUCAGGUAGUUCUAGUGUAGAUUUCUGUAUUGCUGGAAGGAUUGAUUGUGCUGAUCUGAGGCUAUUUUCUAUAGGGCAUAAGUUGUUUUAAGGGAAAAACAAGAAUUCCUUAUUUAUAAUUGAACUUGCAUUCCUGAAGGGAGGGGAUCCUGAAAACUCUGCUCCAGUGUGCCUUAUAGAAGGUACUAGGUGUUACAGAUCCAGACAAAGGGCAGUAGAAAAGCAGUGUGCAUGUGGUUCAAUACACUUCACUUUUGUAUUGGAGAAGCUUUCCUGUUGUGGGACUGAAGGACAAUUGUGACACCGGAUGACUUUUGACUGCUGUGUUGUGAGGUUAUGUUGAAGUACUAGGUGUUAUCAAUUCAGUAAGAUGUCACUAGGAAAGUUAUGUGCAUAGUGGUGGUACUGAAGAACAGUUGUGACACUGGAUGACUUGCGACUGCUGUGUUGAGAGAUUAUGUCAAGAGAUUACCCAGAAGCCAAUACGACAAUACAAUAUGAGUGGCAGUCUGAGCAGUGGUAGAUGUAAUGUACAUGACUGAUCCUGUGACAAUGCUACAUUGGUUAGAAAUGUGUGUAUACUGGCACCAGUUUGCAUUGAUAGCAGUGGUAGGUGUAAUGUGGGUGACUGGCCCUGUGACAAUUCUAUACUGGUUAGAAAUGUGUGUAUUCAUUGCAGUGGUAGAUGCAAUGUGGAUGACAGGUGCUGCACAAGUUGGUGGGGUCAUCCUUCCCUGGCACAUUAUUCAUAUACAAGACAAUGAGUGAAAGAGCUUUUAUGACUAUUGGUUGGUACACUGUGCUGUGGGACCAGACAGUGAGUUGGUGGACCGUCAAGUAUUAGUUAUAGCAAACAUGAUACAAUUGCCUGUGUUAUAGGAGGUUAAUUACAGGCUGUGAUUACAUAUGAAGCUUACUAUCCAUAAAUUUAAGAUGCAUCUGAAAAUAAAAAUGAGAUUGUAUCCUUAGGAUAGUCUACUGUAGAGAUAAGAUUUGUGACUUAAUUGUGUGUGGGUUUGGGCCAGGAUGUGUACAGACACCUGCCCAGUUUGGAGACUGGAGUGCACCUGAGUGAAGUGACCCAACAUUGUUAUCAGCCUCUUUUAUGAUGAUACUGAGAAUAGAUCUUAUGCAGCUUUUGGUAUUUAAGUCUUCUACUAUUCUAUAUCACACAUUAGGACUACAUGUACUCCAUAUAUUUAAAUGAUUAGGGAACUUUAUUGUAAGUGCUCUGAAACUCCUCAUAUGAAAUGUGCCAAAAAUUAAACUUAAUUUUUUAUCUAUAAGUAGUGUUUUAUAAGUUUUACUGACAACUGAUUUAGCAAAUAGGUAUUUAAAUUUUUCACAUUUUAGGAAACUUGAUAUCAUAAAGUGGAAUAUGAAAGAUAACAAGGCGACCAUUUCUAUAUUUAUAUUUAGAUGCAUCUUUUAUAGUUCCAGGCAAAAAUGUAGUACAGUAUACAUAUGUACAGUACACAUAUGAUUUAUCACAAAAUAAACAGUUAAAAUAUG